GGCCGGUGCCGCCCGGCGGAGGAUGGCGUGCGGCGGCGGCUGCUGCUGCUCCAGCGCGGGCCGCCUGAACGCGGACAACGCGCGGUUCCUCCUGCUGGCGGUGCUGAUCGUGCUGUACAUGCUGUGCGGCGCCGCCGUCUUCUCGGCCAUCGAGCUGCCCACCGAGCGGCAGGCCAAGGAGCGCUGGGAGGAGCGGCUGGAGAACUUCACCCAGCGCCACAACCUCAGCCGCGCCGAGCUCCGCCACUUCCUCCGCGAGUACGAGGAGGCCACCGUGGCCGGCAUCCGCGUCGAUGACAUCCGGCCCCGGUGGGAUUUCACCGGCGCUUUCUACUUCGUGGGCACCGUCGUUUCCACCAUCGGGUUUGGCAUGACCACCCCAGCCACUGUCGGAGGCAAAAUUUUUCUGAUAUUUUAUGGCCUUAUAGGAUGUGCAGGGACCAUCUUGUUCUUUAACCUGUUCCUGGAGCGCCUGAUCACCGUCAUAGCCUAUGUCAUGAAGUCCUGCCACGAGAGACAGCUGAGGAGGAAGGGCGUCCUCCCUCACGACGGCCGGCGGGGCUCGGGGACCUCAGAGGCAGACAGCCUGGCGGGCUGGAAGCCCUCGGUAUACUACGUCAUGCUGAUUUUAUGUGUAGCAUCACUCAUCAUCUCCUGCUGUGCCUCUGCAAUGUACACACCAAUUGAAGGGUGGAGUUACUUUGACUCGCUUUACUUCUGCUUCGUGGCCUUCAGCACCAUCGGUUUUGGUGAUCUGGUCAGCAGCCAAAACACCCAGUAUGAGAGCCAGGGCCUUUACCGCUUUGGCAAUUUUGUCUUCAUACUCAUGGGGGUUUGCUGCAUCUAUUCCUUAUUUAACGUGAUCUCUAUUGUCAUCAAACAAUCCAUAAACUGGAUACUGAAGAAGCUGGACUGCAGGUGCUGCCAGAGAUGCCAAAGAAAAUUAUUUCGGUCACGGAGGAACGUGGUAAUGCCGGGGAACAUGCGCAGCCGGAGAAACAUCUCCAUCGAGACUGACAUUGUCAACGAGAGCGACACAGAUGGGCGCCGGCUGUCAGGAGAGAUGAUCUCCAUGAAAGACUUCCUGGCCUCCAAUAAAGUGUCACUGGCCAUCAUGCAGAAACAGCUGUCGGAAACUGCCAAUGGCUACCCGAGGCAAAUGAGCACUAAUUCAAAGCAAAAUGGAUUCUCUGGUGGGGUUGGAGCCCUAGCAAUUAUGAAUAACAGACUGGCAGAGACAAGUGUGGACAGGUAAAACAGUAACAGAAAUACCAGUGACACAGCGUGAAGCAUUUCAGCACAUACAGAAACAACAUGCAUCGAAUGGAAGUAGCGAGGGAGAGUGUCGCCAGAGGGUGGGCUGCACGUGAAGAGCUUACCUUCUGUUGGCAGACCUCUCACACACAUUUUUUGGGCUGCCACUUAAUAUCUUGGCUCUUUGAAUUGCACCAGUCUCGGCCUUCCUUCUUCCCUUUCUUUCCCUUCUUUCCAUGCCUCAAACAGACUACUACAGGAGAAAUUCUGUUUAGCCUUCAGAUCAAUUUUCCAUGUCCUGUGCUUCUCCGUUUAUGUGAAAUACAGAUUUCAGGAUAAAAAAUCUGUGGUACUGGAAGAAAUCAAGAGUGUCUUCUGGACACAUACUUAAUUCAAUGAUUGUUUUGAGCUUUCUGUCUUACACUUUUCAUAAGUGUUUUCUGAAGGUAGUUUAUCUGAGACCAAAAGAGGAAUCAUUAUAAGCCUUUUUCUGUCCUUCUACAGAUUUAAUUUAAUGGAAUAGAAAAACAAACUAUUUUCUUUUAAAUAUCACUCCUUAACAUGUAUUCCUCUUGUGAAACAUCUAGGCUUGAAAAGCCAGGUUCUGCUGCACUAAAAAUGUAUAGAUCUGGAGCGAUUCUCUGACAGUCAGUAGAAGAACUCUGGAGCUAUUGUGAUGUGAAUGAGAGGAGAAUUUGACCUUUAGAAUUUGAUUUAGUUUUUGCUUUAAAAGGAUACUGUCAAAAGAGAUAGAAUAAAAAAUUACCUUACUUUUGUUUUCUUCUAUUUGCAAAACAUGAUUUUUUUUCUAGGCUACUUUUCCUUCUAGAAUUGAAUCACUGUGGUUUUCUGUUUCAAAAAUUGAAAAAAUCACCAUACUGACAAGUUGUAUGAAUUAUUCCACAAUAAAGACCAUGGACUUUUACAAGUUUCUGUCCAUAUUAUGCUCAACUUUGACUGAAGCAGUUCAACAUCAACAUUAUGUAAUGCAACUAGUAACUGGGUUUACAGAGCAGGCUUUUUAGCAGGCAAUUAGAUUGCUGUGCCAACAUUCACCACAUUAUAAUAAGUGACUGUGAUCACAAAAUCACUUUGGCAAUGUCCUUUUUACCUCUCAUGUAAUUCUUCACCUGUUUUCUGGCAUUCAUUAAUGAUAAUUACAGGGUCUUGAUUAGGGAAAUAAAAAAUGUUUAACUCGUUUUUCUCAAUGAAAUGCUCUGAGUGUUCAUUAUGACUAGAAAGGAGACUUCAAUGAGAAGCAUAAUAACAGCACGAAGAAAAUGAAAACAGGAGACUAGGUGAUCUUUAAUGACAGUGAAAUCACGCUUUCUAUUAGAUAACUGGAGAAAAAAGGGAUGAAAUUAACAUAAACUCUAGCAAGAAUUUAAGGAAGUCUGGGCUGAAUUCCAGUUUCUUCUUUUACCAUGCAGUGCAUUAAAGCUGAACACUAUAUGAGAGUGUAAACAAGCAGAAUGGGUCACAAAGGACCUGAGCCAAUUCUCCCUAAAGAGAAUAGUACAUGCAUCAGGACUGAAUGUUUUCUCACUUCUGUUAGCAAGAAAACCUUUCAGAAUACUACAGUUUUUAGGCAACACCCCUAUGUAGUUCUUAAUUUCUCUCAUGUGGAACAAUGCAGAUAGCUUCUUCAGUUUAACUUGUAUUACAAAAUAAUAUCAUAUUCUUCAUUCUGCCCAGAAACUCUUUUAUUUAGGUUCCUAAUACUACAGGAUAACAUUUUAACACUUGUUUUAAGCAAUAUUUGAAUUUGAAAAGAAAAACAUACCACUUGGAAUCCUUUCCUGUGAUACAGCAAAACCAGAGAUUAGAUUAAAAAACUGCACUUAAUGAGUGAAAGGAAUUGCAAGCUCUUCCUGACAUGUUACAGUUAAAAUAUCCUGAUUAAAGGUGAAAUCCUGCUGUCCUUAGUUGCAAGGAGAGCUUCAAGCUGCAGUCAGUAGUCAAAAGUCUGGUGUCAACUCACCUGUGCAGCAGCAAAAUAUCCCUAAUGGUACCCCCCACAUUAGCAUUCAUGUGAAAUUGAAAUCAGCUCACAAACCUUAACUUUGGUGAGAAGAGCAGUCUGAUUUGUCACUGGAGGGAGGGGAGGUGUUACAUAUUUUCAAAAAAUGCUACUGAGAUGUUUUAGACAUAUUAUAGUACCCAAGAUCUAUUAUGUUGUUACAAUUUUUUUUUAUCCCAAAAUUUUCUGUCUCAACCUUACUGAAUAAAAAGACUUGCAUAUAAAAAGAAAAAAGUUCUGCUCUGAAGUCUUCAUUCAGCAAUGCCUCUGUUCACUGCCUGCACCCUAAGAUUUCAUUGUUACAGAAGUAUUUCUCAUGCUGCCAACUAUCAGAUAUAAUUUAGGACUUGGCCCAUUGCUUAAGCAGAGAUCUCAUCCUGGUCAGAACAGCCACGGUCUUGAAAAGUGCAGUUUACUUCUCCAUUUGUGCUAGUUAUAAGUUCUUAGUUGCAAAUGUCAGAUUUUGCUGAGCACUGUAGAUAGAAGUUAAUCCCUUUCCCUGACGAUCCAGGCAAUACCCCAUUAGCCUCUUAGACAAAGAACCAAAACACGUGAGCUUCCUGAGUCCAUUUAUUCUAUCGUUCUGUGUCAUCAUUAAUGAAAGAUCUGGCUUACAUAUAGGAUUUUAGCCUACAUCCUUCCAUACCUAAUUAGCUUUCAAAUUUGGUUCUGGAAGUCUAAGCAGUACACAGUGAGACAACUAAAAUAAUAUUUGAGGCAACAUUCAUAGCAAAUAGGUGAAAAGAAUUGAAGGUGAGAGGAAUACAUAUAUACUGAUGGAAAUAGGUAAAACAUUAAAAUCUGCACCAUCAAUUCUGCAGAGAUAUUUAGCUUUCAGAAUAUGACACAUCCCAGGAGUGGAUCAUUAGGAGGUGGUUUCCAUUGCUCCCAAAACCAAUUAUACUGCUCCUUUCCAUUCUUGGUGAUACCGACCCCUGGUUGCCCAUCACCACAGAGGAAUCUUUAUCAGAUUCAAUAGGUCUGAAAACAUCUAUGGUUACGAAAGCAAGGCAAUAAAAUGCAGUCUCAACCAAGUGGCCUGGUCAAGGCUGAGUGAGAUUUUUGGUGUGCACAAGCUCUGCCUUUCUUCAUCAGCCCCAACCUUCUGCUCUCUCAAGCUCUGGCUUUCUCAUGACCAGAGCCUGCCAGUUGCAAGACAACCUAUAGUUGUUUUGUGGUCUGGUUUCAUGUCCACUGAAGAUAAAGAGGGAAUAAGUGCGCUAAUUUUGUCUAAUCACCUCUGUUCAGAUGUGAAUUGCCGUUCCAGAGAUGAAGGGCUGGUACAUUCUGUGACCAUGCCAUCUUCUAUCAUGAAGUCAUGCUGUCCCCGAAACACCUCUGACUUUGUCUGUAAGAAGCCAUGCAGAAUGCUUUCCUUGGAUGGCCAGAGGAAUUCUAGGAGAAUAUUAGGGAUUUAAAAAGAAGACCUCAAGGUUGGAAAGGGAAAAUUUUGACUCUGGUCCAAUGGUACUACUAUAGUUGUUUUUCUAAAGAUAUUGGACAGAAAUCCUCAAAAGCUCAGUUCAUAAUGUAGCGUCAGGAUUUUAAAGACAUCGAAUAUGUGGAGUUGUAAGCAUACAUGUGCCAAGAAAGCAAAAUUUGUUACAAAAGUGCCAAAUGCCCAUCCUGUGUAAAAAAUAAAAUACAACAAAUAUACAGGAAACAUUACAUUUCUUGCAAAUGAAAGCAGUGAUGAGGAAUUAAAGGAAAUAAUGUCAAGCAGCCAAGGAUCUAUUUUCAAAGCUGUCUAAUUUAAAUAUUAAUUCUGUAUUGCUUAGAACUAAAAUAUCAGUUGGCAAGACAUAAACCUUUCAAAAUUACCGAGUUUCCUCAUUGCCUGAUAUGAAUUUGUGUUAUGGCUAGAGAUGUGGGCUUUAUUUUUUUAAUGCAAAAAUGUUUCUCUGAAAAUCUUGGAUGUACCGAGGCUCUGAAUCUGCAAUUAAAAGGUCAGGAGUACCUCUAAAGCCACUGGAUUAAAUAGCAAGUUGCAGGCUAGAAGAUUGAAACUGAUACUCCUUAAUAAAUUAACUUUUUUUGAAAGUUGGGUUUAUAGUUAUGCCACACUGUAAUAAUAUUAGUAUUGUAAAUUAUCAUUAUUGCACAAUAAAAGGAAAUAUUUAAUGCUAAGGAAAAUACGAUCAAAUAGCUUAAGUAAAGGUAGCUCUCAGGUUUUUUUGGACAGUCUUAGGUUUUGUAAAAUUUUUUCAUUGAUUGCUUUGCUGUGUGGGUAGGUAGGCAUUGAAAGAGUUACACUUAUUUAUCCCUGCAAAGGGCACAGUCCUGUGUUUACAAGGAUAUGAAUAGGCUUUUCAAAGGCAUCUAGUUCCUGCUGAAAGUCAAUUCACCUCCUGCCACGCUUUGACAUUCAGCAGAAGUUAGGUACCCAGUUCCCUUAGGCAAUUUCAGAACCCCAGCCAUGUUUUAGGUCUUGAAUCUAAGCUGCCCUGACAGUGUCCCUGAAAAGUUCAGACACUCGGAGCAAGGUUUUGGUGCUGCUGCACAGUAAUAGCUGAAUGCAUUUAUUUAAAAGCCUUUUAUGGUGAAUGCUUUGCAUCUACCCAACAGCACAAGCAAUGUUUACAGUUUGCUUGAUUUAAUCUUGGCCUCUGCCAGUUUUAAUUACAUUUGACACAUUUAGAAAUUGAAUAGGAAAUAGGAGGUUGGGCUGAGCAUGAAGAACAAACUGGCUCCAUUUCUUAGGCUGCAUUAAUCAAGAGAAAGAGGUCAGGUUGGGGGAGAAGCUUUCUGAUUAACAUUGCAUUUGAAUAAAUUUCCUCUAGAGGUGGAGGGUGUUAAGUUGUUUGGAUGACUUCUCUCCUAUGGCUGCGGAAGGGGAGCUGUUUGCUGUGACCUGCCAAUGCCUCCACUUGUGGAACAGCAGCUCAGCUUACAUCUUUUCUUAUUUUGACUUAGUUUACUAAAAAUUGGCUAGUGCUGUAAUUCCUUGGACUCCUUCAAGAAGUAGUAAAAUUAUUUUGUAAAAUUUUGUGUACAAGCUGUGGAGAAUCACCAAGUGUUGUCUUUCCACUGGGCAGAAAAUACUGCUGAAUACACCAGAGCAAUCUGUCUAUUUGAGAGCUUUCAUGGUAGUGUUUUGCUUAAUCCAGGAAAUAAGAAUACAAUUCCUUCCCUCUUCCCUAUUUUCUAAGCAUCUCUUGGCAACAAUGCCUACACAACACUCUGUGCUUACUGCCUAAAAGGUCAUAUUUCACUAGGAAAAUUAAAGCCAUUGCCCACAGCCCUAUUCUUUAUCAGAUUCAACAGACGCACAGCGUAAACACAAGGAAUGACUCUUCAGGUCCAGGUAGACAGAAGCUUUUUGAAAUGACCCAUGUUUAUAGAACUGUUUCGUGUGACACCAGAGAAAAACCCAG